AUGGACCUUAAGAAGGAUCAGUCUCAUGGGAUACUCUAUCAGUCAACUGACACUGAUCAAGAGAAGACCUAUGAGCCAGUUGUCAUUGGAUCUUGGCAUUUACGAAAUAGAGAACAACUCAAAAAAAGAAAACAUGAAACAGAAAUGAAGCAAAUGUUACAAUGGCAUCUUGAAGAACAGAAGAUUCAGAAGAGACGGAGAUCAAGGAAUGCAAAUAAAAAAGGUUUAAAUAAACAACAAUGUUCAGAAACAAAUGCUGAACUUCUAUUACAAGUAGAAAAGGAAACACAGGUGACACCUGCCCAGAAAGAAUCUCAGCACUCUGAAACAGAAGCCCUUCCACCUUUAACCUCAUCUCCAAAAGACCUUCCUGAAGAAUAUUGUUUUGAAAUAGACCAGGAAAGCUUUAUAUGUGGGGAAAAUACUGCUAGAUACGAUGAUACAUCAGUAAUGAACUGUUUUUCUGAAACAGACCAAUAUUUGACUGGAACUGAAGACUUUCUUCUCAACAUAUGCCAAAAUACAUGUGGGGAAAAUUCUGCUAGAUACCAUGAUACAUCAGUAAUGAACUGUUUUUCUGAAAUAGACCAAUAUUUGACUGGACCUGAAGACUUUCUUCUCAAUAUAGGCCAAAAAUCACCUGAAUCAGAGAAAAUCACUUUUGAGCAACAUCUAAAACCAUCUAUGCCUGAAGACUUCUUCACCUGUCUGGAACUCAUACCUACAGCUCAAACACACGGAACAGAUGAACCUGAUUACCUUUUAAGUGAGAUUUGCAAAGAAAUCACUGUACCCACAGCUUCUUAUGAAGUAAUUGAAGUAAUACCUAAGCCUGAAGUAAAUUCACUUGAAACAUGUCAAGAAAUAUGUGGAGAUGAACAAUAUUCACCUGAAGCUUACCAGGAAAUGCCAUGGAUUGAAGACCUUUCUAAUAAAAGUCAUCAGAAGAGUGAUGAACCUUAUGACUGCUUCAUAGAAGAAAUUCAAGGAACUGAUACAUCUGAAGACCAGGACACUGGUAUACACCAGAAUCUUAACACUUAG